UUCAAACCUAUUUCCUCUCUCUUCCCUUGCUUUCUCCCCAUCAAAAAAACGACCAAAUUUUGAGGAAAGUUCAUAUAUUAGAGUUUCCAUUUCCUCAAUUUUGGGGACAUGAUGGACAUCAGUUCUCAUCUUCUCGCAAUUGCAGGGUUUGUAGUAUUGGUGUUAUUGUACAACAAUCUAUGGAGGGUGAGAAUCGGCGGCACUCGCAAAGUCAAGAGGAUGUCUCCCCCAGAACCAGCAGGUGCCCUUCCCAUCAUAGGUCACCUUCAUCAACUACGUGGCGAAAACCCAGUUCCCCGAACCUUGGCAGCCAUGGCUGACAAACAUGGUCCCAUCUUCACGAUCCGGUUUGGCAUGAAACCUGCAAUUGUGAUCAGCAAUCACGAAGCAGUCAAGGAGUGCUUCACUACAAAUGACAGGAUUCUUGCAUCGCGUCCAAGGUCUAGCCAGGGAAAGUACCUCGGCUACAACUACGCAGGAUUUGGUUUUGCCCCGUAUGGGAAAUUUUGGCGAGAUAUGCGAAAGCUAGCCGUUCUAGAACUCCUCUCCACCCGCCGGCUUGAGAUGCUGAAGAACGUGAAAGUCUCCGAAGUGGACAUCUUGAUCAAAGAUUUGUACACCCUUUGCAAGAGCGGCGAAGACGGCACAGUCAAGUUGGUGAUCAGUGAGUGGAUUGAGCGGCUGACGUUGAACAUAAUUACCAAAAUGGUCGCCGGGAAGAGAUAUUUUGGUAACGCCAUUAGCGGUGAAGACGACGGAGAGGCGAAGCGUAUAUUCAAAAUCAUAAAAGAAUUCAUGUACGUAUCUGGGGUGCCUGUCGUUUCCGAUCUAAUCCCGCUCUUCGGAUGGAUUGAUGUGCAGGGGCGAUUGAAAGCUAUAAAGCGUAUUGCGAGGGAAUUGGACAGUUUGGCCGGAAGUUGGAUUGAAGAACAUAAGAAGAAGGUCAAGAGUGAGACAAACGACAUGCCGGACUUCAUCGAUGUCUUGCUGUCCGUAAUUGAGGACAAGUCCACAUUUGGCCAUACGCGCGACACCAUUAUCAAGGCAACAGUAUUGAAUCUCAUCUUGGCUGGCUCCGACUCUACAUCUAUAAACUUGACAUGGCUGCUAUCCUUACUGCUGAACAAUAAGCAUGCUUUGAAACGUGCCCAAGAGGAGCUCGAUCUCAAAGUCGGCAGGGAUCGAUGGGUGGAAGAACAUGACAUCAAAGAUCUGGUUUACCUCCAAGCCGUAAUCAAAGAAACCUUGCGCUUAUACCCGCCGGGGCCCCUAUCAGUUCCGCACGAGGCAAUGGGGGACUGCCAAGUUUGUGGGUACGACGUUCCGAAGGGAACCCGUGUGUUCGUCAACGUCUGGAAGUUGCAUCGAGACCCAAGGGUUUGGUCGGACCCGGAAGCGUUUUUGCCGGAGAGGUUUCUGACGAGCCAUGCAAAUGUCGAUGCUUCAGGGCAACAUUUCGAGUUCACGCCGUUUGGGUCCGGCAGACGGGCUUGCCCGGGCUUCUUGCUUGCGUUGCAGAUAUCGCAUCUGACGCUGGCUCGGUUGCUUCAGGGAUUUGAGUGGAGAACGCCGAUGAACGUGGCGGUGGACAUGGCUGAAGGCUUAGGCAUUACCUUGCCCAAGACAACUCCCCUGGAAGUUGUCCUCACUCCACGCCUUUCUUCCAAACUCUACCAAUGCUAGACAGACAUAGAAACUAUGGUUGCCUGAACUCUCUAUUUUCAGUAAUUGUGCAUCUUGUGUGACGUUCCACGUUGCUUGGGAAUAUGAUGUACUUAUAUGUAUAUUCUUUAUAAAUGAUAUGUUUCAUAUUGCCUAGUUAUUAGGUGAAAUUAAGCUUUAUAAAAAAUUCUAAGAAAACUUCAAAA